AUGCUCAAGGUCUGCGAUUUCCGUCUAGACGCGCUCUGGCUCGCCGCGGAUGUCAACAAGAGAGCCGCAGCUGAAAACAGGUCUGCGGUCGUUGAAAUCCGCGAGGACGAGUUUGUCCACAUCAACUGUGGAGAUACCUUGUUCGUUGUCUUCCGCGACAUCAUCACCGCAGGAUCCAUGUUCUUCGAGGCCGCCCUUUUCGGCUUCUUCCGGGAGGCUCACACCCAGGAGAUCUCCUUCGACGACAUUGACGCCGAGGCCCUCGACUUUUAUUUUCAACUCACUCACGGCUGGUACUUUGAGAUAAAAUUUCUUGGAACCAAGGUCGUACCUUUCGCUUCAUUCGAUGGUCUCAUCAACGAGAACCAGCCCGAGGCCUUCAAGAGAGCACACCUGGAGAUUCCUAAAGUCAAGCUCAAGAAGGUAGCCCAGGUCAUCAUUCUCUGCGAUCGUUUUAUACACCGCUCGCUUCUCUGCAUCGUGAGACAUAUGUUCUUAACGCUGCUCACUCGCACCUGCAAUCUCUGGAACACGCUCAAGCACGUGGAUUCCGACUGGAACAUGCUGUUCCACAAUGACUUCAUGCUCGACUACAUGGCUGCCUUCGAGCUCUUCUGCACCGGCCACGACGACGAACAUCUUAUCAGGAAUGCCCUCACGGAGAGCUUCUACUGGUUCAGCAAAAACACGCCGUCUCUGAUCAAGCAUUUUUGGGAGAUCAUGAGCCCCGAAUUCAUCGCCCAAUGGAAUGUGCCCCGGUAUAUUGAAUGGGAUCCAGACGACCAUGUUAUCUUCGGGCACAAAUUCCUGAAGUUCGACCACGCCAGAAAAUUGUUCAUCACAGAUCAGUUCGCUUUCGAGAACACGACAGUCUGCCACAAGAAUCGCAGAUUCAGGCGGGUCAGCAACAUGUGCUCGACCGGUGAGCGCCUGUACCUUGUACCUUGGGUAUUGAAUCAACAGGACAACCAAAUUCGCGUCGCCCGUCUCCGCGCAAUUGUCGAGACUAUCCAGCGCCAGAGCCCCAGCUGCUUCCGUACCUUCAUUCCCGGCGUCGCGGCUCAUCAGAUCUCUGGCAAGAGUGACCUCAGCAAGCAUGCUCCUUAUGAGAACAAGGAUCAUCAAUCGAGAGCUAAAAAUAUUGGAGGAGGCUGGGAUCGUGGCAAUGGACUCAUCGGUGGACGCCAUUACCGAGGUGGCCACCUCCAGCCUCAGCAUGGCCAUCACGUCUAUGAUGCUGCUGAAAACCAUCAACACGGCCAUCAUUCGACCGUCAGACACAAGCAGUACGGCGAUCGAGGACGAGCCCAGCUUGCGACUCAGCAAGAUCUUGCACAGUCUUCCCCAGCGAUGCACCCGGUCCAUGCGGAUACACUGCAGAAUCAGCAGGUCAGCCAAUCUGUCGAAGAUCAGCACAGGCAGUACAGCUCCGCCAAAGGCAAAGGCAAGCAGAUCGACCACUUACUUGAGAGCGAUGACAAUGGUCAGCAGAGUAACUUCAAGAAGAAGACACAGAAGAAGAACAAGAAACAACAGGCCCUGCGUUCAGGCUCAGAUACCGCAGGCGAGCCCUCUGGAUCUGGCAUCCCCUACCAGCCGGCACCGGCGCAAAUGUCGGCUAAGGCUCGAGGCAAACAGAAGGGAACAAUCGCCGUGGCCGCGGUCGUGGCCGAGGACAAGGCCGAGGACGUGGCGGCCACCAGGCUCACGGCAAAUUUUGAAGCGCGACUUGACAGCUUUCACAUUUCUAAGGAUGGUCUCAGUCUCAGCAAAUCUGUCACCAACAGCCUUUAG